GCAGCCCCUUCCUCUAGAGGUUUCCAACAGUGGGCUGCACAGGUGCAAUGUGACCCACAGAGACCUCAGAAAAGAAUGUCAUGUUCAAAAUGCCAAAUAAAUUAAUUCUCAGGUUUAACUUUCUCUGCUUUUUCAUAGAAGUUAAUGUCAGCAUAUCGGUACAAGUAGAUAUGAAUCUGGAAAGCUUGCCUUUCCAAAAGCAUGAGAGAAAGCAAAGUGCAGUUCUUUCAAAAGAGGCACCAACAACAAAGGAUGUAUGUGCAAAAGAUAAAAUGAAUGAUGUAAAUAAAGAGAUGGAACCAAAACCAGAGGCUCAUCAAACAGAAAAAUUACCAGUGCAGGAAGUUUCAGAUAGAACAUGCUCAGAGUUACUAGAAGACAUAUCUCUAAGCAACAAAAAAUAUUUUAAAUGUGAAAACAUAGAAAGACAGAAGAACCGAAGAGACAGGCAAGGAUUAGACUUAUUGAAAGAAGAGUUUGAGAAAUUAUGUACGGAAGAAUCACUCCAGUCUACACAUGAUAGUGAGCAAAAGGAGAACAAUCUGGGAGAAGCUGUAACUGAAAAUCAAGAAAAUGAAAACAAGAGAGACGAGCCAAAAGAAGUAGUAAGUGAUAAAUUGGCAACAGUAAUACAAAGACACAAAACACCAUCUAAAUUAAAGAAACAAUACAUAUUUACAGAAGCUGUUGAAAAUUUGCAUCAGGGAUUCCCUUCAACAAGACGGUUGUUCAAUACAAGUACCACAGGUAAUAGCAGGCAGGCUAAUACACACCCAAGUGAUAUAGCUGAGUUUAAGGGAAGUGGCUCUACCAGUGCCUAUGAGCCAUCAUUUGGAAAUACUACCAACACAAAGCAGGGCAUUUCAGUACACAGCGAAGACCGGAUUCCUACAGUAUCAGCGGAGAAGAAAAACACUCUUAUGCAAGAACUUUUUGGAACUAGCUCCAUCUUGCAAGACAAUAAUCUGAAACCUAAUUUUGAAGAUGUGGGUAAGGAAAAAAAGUCUUUUUCACAGAAUGAAAAGUUUUAUGAGGACAUUUCAUACAUGCAUGAUAGCUUUCAGUGUGGUGAUUCCAAACAAACACCCAUAAAGGGUUUUGAUACAGUUUCCUUCUUGGAAAACCUUAAAUAAUUUCAUGAUAACGAAAUUAUGAAUCUGUCAUUUAAGAUUUUACAGGUUUUCAUCUUAAAACAUAGUACUUUAAAACUACUGAAAAGCAAUGUAAUUUAAUACAGUAGCUUCUGAGGAUUGUUUUUCCUGUUGAAUAUAAUUUAAAUUACCUCCAUGCAGUCCUCUGCACAUAACAGAAAUUGAUUUCUUCA